AUAAUUGAGCAGGUCAUGGAGUUGCAGCAAACCAUCAAGAUGUCACAACCUCCAAACCUUCAGACAUCACCUGCAUGCAGAUUGGGGAAAGUCGGCACUUUGGCCCAGCGCUGCGUUCCAUCGCCGACCACUGCAAGGGGUCAGCGCACCUGUUCUGGCGAAGUCAUUUUCGAAGAGAAUUUCGACUCAACUCUAGACCGGAAUAGAUGGAGGCACACGAUCAGAAUAUCUGGCGCCGAGGAGCAAGAGUUUGUGAUCUACGACAAAAGACCAGAGAACUCCUACACGCGGGGAGGGAUCCUGUAUGUGAAACCACAGCUGCUCCCAGACUCAACAGUUGAUAGCGGCAGUAUCACUCUAGAUGGAUGUGUGGGGGCGGAGAGCAGCGGCGAAUGUCAUUGGCAAUCGCAAAGUUUCAACAUCAUGCCUCCCGUGAUGUCGGCCGAGCUCAAGUCACUUCCGUUCACAUUCCGCUACGGCAAAGUGAGUGUCAGGGCUAGAAUGCCCUUCGGCGAUUGGAUUGUGCCACAUAUCUAUUUGAGGUCGCAGUUUGAGAACUACGGUAAACGCAACUCGUCAGCCCGUGUAACAGUAGUGAAAUCGCACGGUAACAACGAUUUGUACCUGGGAACAAAAGACAUCGGACGGAAACGGUGCUCGCAGUUUGUGAAGGCCAAUUACGACAAACGAGAAGGCACCGCGUCGCUUGAUUGGCUAAGCACUGAGGGAUGGGAUGAGGACUUCCAUGUCUACGAAGUUGAAUGGACGCCCGAUCACUUGAUUUUCGGCGUUGAUGACCAGCCAAAGCACCAUCUUCGUAUGACUACCAGCUUGCAGAAAAUGUUCGGAUUUGAGGAGAAAGAACAGAACUUGGAAGCUCCUGCCGCUAUUCCACCGUUCGAACAGGAGUUCUACUUGGGAAUUGCGCUGUAUGUUGGUGGAAUGAAGGAGUUCCCUGAUGAAGUGGAAAAUAACAGGAGACCAAAGCCAUGGAAUAACAGGAGAGUUGUCAAGGCGCGUUUGAACUUCUGGAGAGACAGGGAUGCAUGGUACCCGACUUGGGAUGACGAAACGUCAGCUCUUCAAGUCGAUUAUAUUAGGAUAACUGCUUUAUGAUCGAAUAGUGUUAAGAUUAUUCAUUUGCGUGAACAAAAUCUUCCUUCAAGAGUCAGGACGAUAUUGUGGUUGCUUUCACAACGAUUACAGAAAUAGUCUAGUUAAUAUUAUUAUAGAUUUAAUGUAUAGGAAUUCGUGUUUGAAAAUGAAAACUUGCAAAUCGGAAAUA